AUCUAAUGUUACGCACUCCGCCUCCACAUCAGCCCGAUCACCCCCCGGUCCUGCACACGCCGUAUUCUUACGUUCCAGAGAACCAGACACAAGCCUCCGGAGUAAGACAAAACCUAAAGCAGACGAGCCAGUGACCAAGUUCUCAGAAGAGAUGGCCUUGUGGGACUAUGAUGCUUGGGCCCGCGGGACCAUAUUUCAUGAUUUCACCUUUGCCCUCAUCUCUUGCUUACCAGGGCAUCUUCUUUUCUGUCUUCCGUUUCUCCCGUUUCCCGUGAUAUGUGUGGUUUUCUUUCUUGCCAUUCCCAUUUCCCUGUUUCUCUUUGAUUAUCAUCUUUCAUAUCUUUCCUUCUCUCUCCAAACCUUCCUCUUUAUCUUCUAAGCGCUUCGGAUUCCUUCAUCUUUCCAUGUCCAUUCUUUUUAUAACUUACUGUGUGAAACUUCGGGCAAGAAGCAUACCUGUAGUAUGUGGCCCUUUUUGACCAUAAUAGGGUCCUAAGAUGCUCUUAAGAGAGGAAGACCCUAGCGGGACCAGUGUUAUCAUGAUGCUGUGGUAGCGGUUUGAUAUCGGACAUAACACUGCUUGACCAGGUCUCAUAGUCCUAAUACAAUGCUGCAGGGUUUUACAUGAGCAGACCCGGAUUUCCUUGUCGCGGUGAGAGUGGACAGAGCUUGCAAU